AUGGAGGCCGCUUCUUUCGAGCUACUAGAAGAUGCGGAUGCAGGGACGAUCUUUGAGCUAUUCGAAGACUGGCGGGAUCCAUCCGACGAGGUCCUAGAACAAGUGAGGGCGCUCGCAUCACGUCCUGGAGGAAAUGAGAGGAGAGGUGUCGGCGCUGCACCUAAACCUAAACAGGGCUCUGCCACGAACAAUGCAAAUUCAAGUUCCAGUUCAUCUAGUUCUACUUCGACUUCGGCAUCCGAUUUGAAUAGAAAGUCUAGUGCUAGUGGAACCAGCAACGACAACAACGCAGCUGUUGACUCAAAAGCUGCAGGAGCAUUAAAAAAGAAAUUGCGGAGACUGGCAAAAAACAAAGAGGAAGAAUACGAUUUGAAGGGAGAAGGGAGUAUGAUGAAGAUGGCCUCCUCCAGUACUCAAGGACGUGGAGAGCAGUGUGGUACUAGAUCUUCGGAGAUACACCCUUCUACGGAUCCGGCUGAGACCUCAAUGAAUAUUCCAGUACAUCUGGAGAAUCCACCUCUACCUGGGCGCAAGAAAACAGCACUCGAGCUUGCAAUGGAGGCAAGGAAAGCUGUUGUCCAAAAACAAGGAAAGAAAAAACGAAAAAAAUGA